AUGAAUUUCAAUCAAUUUAUGAAAAAUCUUAAAUAUGGAUAUGAAUAUGAUAUAUGGGGAAGUUAUAUAGAUUGGAAUCUAUUUGUUAUUGCUGGUGGCUCAAUUGUUUCAUGUUUACUUGUUCAACCUUUGAUUGAAAACACAUCUGAUAUCGAUUUAUUUUUUCUCAAAAAAAAUCCACGACUGUUCAAAAACGCUGUAAAUGAAUUAGAAACUCGAUUACAAACUAGAUAUUUUGUGCGACGCAAAACCAUUUGGUCAAAUAGACUAAUUCAAUUUGAUUUAUAUCGAAAAUUUACUAUCAACGACAUUUUCAGUGGCAAAUUUUUCUCUCCAUCGGUCAUUAUUCAACUUAUUCGUCCAACUAUGAGUCCUAUCAGCAUCUCACGAAUUCUUCAUUCAUUCGAUCUUGAUAUAUGUGCAGCUGCUUUUGAUUCAAAAAAAGUAAUUAUUUCAUUUAGUUGUUUGCAGGCAUUAAAUUCUGGUCACACAACAUGCUAUUGUAUACCAGUUACUCCAUCACAAUUCAGCAGAAGAGUUCCUCGUUUAUAUAAAUACCAACAACGUGGCUUCAAUAUUCUCUGUCCACAUGAAUUUGAUAUCAAUACAUUUCUUAGUACACGCAUUGAAGAUUGCAAAGAAUCUCAACCAGAAAGAGCGUACUGGUUUCAAAGACAAUAUUUUGGCGACAACUGUGAUUCAUUUUCUGUACAAAAAAAAAUUCUGAACUUUAUAAACUAA